GAAAGCUUGUAAACAGAUGCUGGACAUAAAAUAAACAUUUGGGGUUGUGGGUUAAGGUCUUUACAAUGAAUUUUAAAUGAUAUUUAAAUGCUACUGUUUUAGAUGUAAUGGUGCGGGCGACAAGAGAUUUAAUUUAUUUUCGAAUUGCAGCACAUGAAUGUGUUGGAUGUGCGGUAACGAUAUCUCAGGUACGGUAAUGUGCGAAAUGUCAUUCACCGGAAUGCGAAUAACAGAAAGGAGUUUUGAAACUAUCUUCUUUAUGAAUUAUAAAUUGCAGGGACGCUGUAUUUAGAUGUCUGUCGGUUUCCUAGUUAUAUAUGUAGACAUCUGCUAAACUAAAGCAGCACAAUUAUGUACUCUGUCCGUUUUAAAAAGAAAAGUUUGUUUGUUUUGAAUUUUUCUGACAGUUUACAUUUGUGAAAGAGACCAUCAGAACAUUCAUAGUGACUUCUCGUGUCAAAAGCGUUAUGAUUUAAUCACAGAGCAUCAUAUAGUAAAAUACGAAACUUGCGGAAAUGGGUGUAAGUCUCAAUUUUGUUACUUGUGAAUAAACUAUGAUGGGGUUCUCAUAUGAGAAACGCCCUCUGAAACGACCACGACUAGGUCCACCAGAUGUUUAUCCACAAGAACCAAAACAGAGAGAGGAUGAACUGACAUCAACAAAUGUAAAACAUGGAUUUCAGACAUACCCACAGCUUCAAGAGGAAUUUGGAACUGCACGCACUUGUAGCAUUACUGCGUCAAAGGUGGGUGCAUACUUCAAUGCUAUACUUACAAAGAAAGAAGAAAUAAAUACAUUACCAGAUACUGGCCGGAAGAGACAGCAGAUUAACCCGAAAGACAAUUUUUGGCCAGCCACAGCUCGAACAAAAAAUGCUGUUGAAGCAUGGUUCAAAGACCUGGCUGGUAGUAAGCCACUUAGUAGUUUAUCAAAAAAGGCACCAAAUUUUAAUAAGAAGGAGGAAAUCUUUAUGAUGCUGUGUGAAUAUCAAGUUCCAAUGCUUCGUGCUGCCUGGUUUAUUAAACUAAGCUAUGCAUAUACUGUGGCUGUUUCGGAAGUCAAAAUCAAAAAACGCCAACUUCCUGAUCCUUCUCAAGAAUGGACUGGAACACUCAUCAAGUUCCUGAAGGAUCAGUUAACAAAGCUUCAAGAAUAUUAUCAGCAGUCAUGUUCAGGAGGUGGGGGUCCAGGCUCCACGCCGACAACAGCAAGCACUCAGCCAGGAGCUUCUCCUGCCUCUCAGACAUCGCAGUCACAAACUCAGGGCUCCUCCAUGAGUGAUGAACUACGUACCAACUUACGGCAGUGGCAUUACUGCGUGCAACUUGCCAAGUAUCUUUAUGAGCAGGAGGGCCUUCUCGAACGACAAGAGUUUCUGCAGUGGGUGCUGGAACUUCUGGACCGCAUGCGUUCUUCGAGCAGCACAGAUGAUGGAGUUCUACGAUUAUUGCUUCCACUCGCUCUUCAGUACCUUGAUGAGUAUGUUCAGUCAGAACUCCUAGCCCGUCGAUUAGCGUACCUGUGCGCACGCAAAUUAGCACAGAUGUCACAGACACUGCCUGAUCCUGCAUCACCUGCCCUUGCAUCUCCACAGAGUCCAAGUAAUGUUUUGGUGCCCAGUACCAUUCAACCUGGUCUCAACCCUCUCACUGUUACUUUUAAUGAAUACAUGAAUUGCCCACAUCAUCGUGAUAUUGUGAUGAGUCUUAGUGCAAUACUACAGGUCAUCACACUUGAAUGCCCCACAGCAUUAGUAUGGAACUGUGUGGGUGAGGGGAAGUCAAAUUCUAUGCUCAACGGAUCACCUCUUGACCAUUUAUUGUGCACUCCAUCUAUGCUUCCAAUGCCACAGAGAGCAAACAAUCCAGAAGUAAGACGUCAGCUGAUGGCUGCCGAAGAGCAUGUGCGGCAACGAAGUCGAGCAGCAGAGGGCCGGUGGUCAUGUGACAAGUGGCAGCAGUCAUCUGCUGGCGUUACAACAGCAAGAGUCCUAGCUGCACUUGAUGCUCUUGACAGGCACAAUUUUGACCGUACUGAUAGCACUAACUGCCUUGAUACACUUUACUCUAAAGUUUUCUCACAGUCAACCACAGUAAAAGAUGUCCAAGCCAGCCCCAGUGUUGAUGUUCGAGAAACCAGAACAGACAAUACAGCACAACAGGAUGAACCAAUUGUUCAAAUUCUUUGCGAGUGGGCAGUAAGUAAUAAGCGUUCUGGUGAACAUCGUGCAAUGGCUGUUGCUAAAUUGUUGGAGAAGCGUCAGAAUGAUUUGGUGUCAGGUGACGCUGAUGGACCUGAUGAGAAAGAUUCCGUAUCAUCAGCAAAUGGUGCACCAACAGGACUUCCAGUUUUUCAAAAUCUACUCAUGAAAUUUCUGGAUAAUGAUGCCCCUGUUCUAGAUGACAACCCAUCAACCCAAAAUCGUGCAAUGUUCACAAAUCUUGUGCAUCUCUUUGCUGAAUUGAUCAGGCAUGAUAUCUUCUCACAUGAUGUGUACCUGUGCACACUGAUUUCUCGUGGUGACCUGAAUACUAGUGGUCCAGGCACUCACCCUCCUGGUACUCCACAUCCUACAAGCAACAAACCAGCCACUCCAGCAGAUGGUCGUACAGGACAUCCAAAUUCAAUGCUUCAAGAUGAUGAAAGCUCUACAUAUGCCCCACCAGACCACGGUCGCAAUACUGAUUAUGAUGACAGGAAGAUAGAUGAUGAACUGGAUAAGCUGUUGCAGCACAUAAAAGAAGAGCAGCAGAAUUCUUUGGAUGCACCAGAUUCGCCGAAAGAUGAUGGAGUUCCUCACCUUGUAGUGCCUCCACCUAUGUCAUCCGUAACUCAUACAGAAGCUACUGAUGUGGGUGGUAUAGAAUCUCAAUCUCGUCAUCUUUUGUAUACUACUCACUUUCCUCUACCUCAGGAUGAACCAUUUAGUAUGCAUGAUUGCAAUCAGCGCCAUGUCUUGCUGUAUGGAGUGGGAAGAGUCCGUGAUGAAGCCAGGCAUUUGGUGAAACGCAUGACAAAGGAGAUCUGUAAGCUAUUUAGCAAGAAGUUCAGCAUUGAUGUAGCUGAAGGUGGUAAAGUGAAGAAGCAUUCCCGUGGAGAGUUCAAUUUUGAAGCAGUGACAGCCAAAGUGCAAAGUAUGUCAUUUUUUGAUCAACAUGCAGUCACAUGGCAGUGUGCAGUAACUGUUAUUGAAAUGCUGAGUUCUUUUGCAAGUGGAAAUUCUAAUUACUUACCAGUGCAAGAACAUGUGGCAUUUUUGUUUGAUCUAAUGGAAUUGGCCUUAAGCAUUUACAAUCUCAUUGACGUGUGUAUUCAGAUCCUCAAGGAGUUACCAGAAGUGGAAUCCCAGCUUGCAGCAAAGGGCUCAAAUCUUGUUCGGAGUUACACAACUUCACUCAGCCUGUAUGUUGUUGGAGUAUUGCGUCGUUACCAUUCUUGCCUUUUGUUAUUUCCAGAACAGACAACAGCAGUAUUUGAAGGUCUAUGCCGCAUUGUUAAACAUGUUACGAAUCCAGGAGAUUGUUCAUCAGCAGAACGAUGUGUCUUAGCACAUUUGUAUGACCUGUACUCAACUUGCAGCCUACUAAAGUCAAAACCUCAUAGUGUGGAACCAUUCGGCAAUGCAUAUCCAAAAAUUCGCCAGGCAUUGUAUUCAUCACUUCAACCAUCAACACCAAGCACAAUGAUUGUCUGCAACACACAGUUUAUGGUGGAAGUGCUCAGUAAUCCACGCAGAGGAGGUAAAAUUGAGCCUCAGUGGGCUCGCCAGCUGGCUGAAACACCAACAAACCGCUACAGUUUUGUCUGUAACGCAAUAGUGGCAGUCUGUAAUGAAACAGACAGUGACAGGCUUAAUGACAUUGCUGUGCUUUGUGCAGAGUUCACUGCAUGUUGCAAUGCCUUAUCUGCUGAAUGGCUGGGUGUGCUGAUGGCUCUCUGUUGUUCAUCUAACCAUUCUUCCCAUUUUGUUGAUGUCCUGACUCAGGUUGACAUUCGAGAUGUUGCGAUUCACAACUCUUUGGCUGUCUUUACAUCUAUUCUCAUAGCUCGACACUGUUUUUCAUUGGAGGAUUUUGUAGUGCAUAUUGCACUUCCAUCUCUUGUCACAGCAAGUAAUGAAGGUCAUGGUGAAGCUGAUGUUGGAGCAGAAGCUUGCGCUCGACUAACAUGUCACUUGCUUUUGCGACUGUUCAAGACUGUGGAAUGCCCACAGCCAUCUUUGUAUUCAGUUGGAACGUCACCACACCCAAUGCCACCAUCUGGCGGUAUAGGUUACAAUAUUCACCUGAGCUGUGACAGGCAUCUGUUGGCUGCUGCACACAAUAAUAUACAUGUCGGUCCUGUGCUUGCUGUACUUAAAGCAAUACUUGUGGUGGCUGAUGCCACUGCUCGUGACUCCAAAAUGCUGAGCAAGAAGUCAGAUCAGACACAACAGAGCCAUGGGUCUGUAGGAAAUAAGACUCCUGGGCAAGGUGGCAGUGCAGCUGAGUUAAGCAUCAGCCAUAUUUUGGGCACUAGUGACAUCUUAGGAGGUGGAGAUGAUCCAUUGAUGGAUUUGGCUCGAUCACUUACAACAUUGCAAGGUGUGUCAUCAGGUCCAGAAUCGGCUAACACUGGUCUAUCACACUUUGCUCAACAUGUAUUGCGUCAGAUUUGUUCACAACAGUGGGUCCUUGAACGUUGUUUACAGAAUCCUGAAGAAUUGUGUCAUCAGGAUAUGUUACUUGAUAGCAUGUUAACUCCAAAACAGGCUCAAAGAUUGUUGCACAUGAUCUGUUACCCGGAAACUGCAUCUGCCAAUGAAGACCUAGACCACCGGCAGAUAAUUACAAGGAUUCUAGAGAAUCUGGACCUAUGGACACUCCGCAUGUCAUGGUUGGAUCUGCAGUUGAUGUUCAAACAGUUUCCCAGCAACUCACCAGAAUUGAACCAUUGGUUGGAUACGGUUGCUAAAGCCGUCAUAGAUGUUUUCCAGUUGACUGAAGAUAAACAGCGACCACCAACUGUACCUCAGCGCUCAGGAUCAAUAUGGUUGGUUGCACCACUUGUUGCUCGGCUACCCAGUGCUGUACAGGGCCGUGUGCUUAAAGUCGCAGGGCAAGUAUUGGAAAGUGGCAGCUGGUCAAAAAACCGCAGUGAAAAAGAGCGUAGCAGUGGAAGCACUACUCGAAGUUCUUCUCUUCUCAGCCAUCAGCCCUUCCUUUCACUAGUUCUCACAUGCCUUAAAGGACAAGAUGAUCAGCGGGAGGGUCUGCUGACAUCUCUUCAUUCACAGCUUUCACAGACAAAAGAAGAACGUCUAACGAUUCUUGAAGAUCCAAAGGGCAGAGCAAUGAUGCAAGGAGCCUUGCAGCUGAGAUUCAGCCUUGUUGGUGGCAUGUUUGAUACAAUCCAACGCAAUACAACUGUUACAACAGACUGGGCAAUUCUGCUUGUGCAGCUUAUCAGCUAUGGAAUCAUUGAUCUGAAUAAUAAUGCGGAACUGUUCACAACUGUUAUUGACAUGUUGGCAACACUUAUCCAUUCUACACUGGUAUCAGACAACCAGUCUGAAAAAGAUGAAAAUCGAAAACACUAUCAGAAUCUAAUGAAAAAACUAAAGAAGGAACUUGGGGAGCGAACAUCUCCAUCUAUCCAGCAUGUGCGACAGUUGUUGCCCUUAACAAAAGUAUCAGCAGAAGUUGUAGCUUGUGAACCAAUGGGCUGUCUCACAGACACAAAGGGUAACAAAAUAACAGGAUUUGACUCCAUCGAUAAAAAACAGGGACUUCAAGUGGCUGAGAAACAACGUGUCAACCCGUGGGAUCUUCUUGAAGGCCAUAAAAAUCCUGCUCCUUUAUCUUGGGCUUGGUUUGGUGCAGUGCGCAUGGAAAGGAAACCAUUGUUGUAUGAAGAUACACAUCGUCUUCUUAAAUAUCAUACACAUGCUAUUGCUUGGCCAGUAUCGUAUUAUCUUGAUGCUCCACCUCUGCCACCCGAAGACUUGGAACCACCACAGGAAAAACCAUUGAAGGAUGAGGGCAAGGCAGACACACCAAAUUCGGCGGACCAGUCACCGCGGGGAACUGGAGGCAAACGACCGAAGGCACAGCGCAAUCGGAGACGUGCUAAAGUUGGGCCAGGACAACCUGUUAUGGGAGCAAUUCAGCAGCCAGUUCAGCAGCCACAACCGCAGGUUCAACAUAUGAACUACCCAAGUCAGCCAGGCAUGUUUCCAUCCCAGCCCCAGUGGGGAUACAAUCAGCAACAGCAGCAGCAACAACAACAGCAGCAGCAGCAACAGCAACAACAGCAGCAGCAACAACAACAACAGCAGCAACAGCAGCAGCAGCAGCAACAACAGCAGCAACAACAACAACAGCAGCAACAGCAACAGCAGCAGCAACAACAGCAGCAGCAGCAGCAACAACAGCAGCAGCAGCAACAGCAGCAACAACAUGGGUAUUAUUCGCAGCAGUUACCACCAGUAGGCGGUCCACGAUUUGAACGGCCUCUAAACCAAUCGAAGCAGGCACUGUCGCAGAUGUUGCGCAACCGUAUGCCUUCAACCCAAUUUAUGGGUCCCCAGCAGCCACCACCUGGCUUCCCACAAAUCAUGCAGCGCCAGCAAUUCAUCAGGCAGCAACUGAGAGCCCAGCAUGGGGGACCGGGUUUGCAGCCACCUCCACAACAGGGAAUGUUCCCACAGCAGCAGGGGCCACUGUACAGUGGUAUCCAACAAGGCAUGAAUCAAGGAUAUGGUGGCUAUGCUGGACAAGGUGCUCCUCAAAUGGUGACUCAGCAGCAGUUGAUGGGCCAGCAGCCACAAGGAAUGAUGGCAGGAUUCCAGGGUGGAGGCUUUGUAACACAGCAGCAGCAGCAACCACAACAGCCGCAACAGGCCCAGCAACAACCUCCACAGUCUAUGAUAGCUGGGCAGCGCACUGCUGCCGAUUACAUGACUGGUCCACAGGGUGCCCUCGCUGCACAACAACAGAGAGCUCUUGGGCAACCAAAUGCACGCCCUCCUUAUCUGCAGGCUCCAAAUGUGACAAUGACAACUAUGGGUGGCCCAAUGGCACAGCAGGCCCAAGCACAGGGACAACCAGCUCCUCCAUAUGGCCGGACCCCAGGUGGCCCUGGUGCAGCCCAGGGACCAGGACAACCACAUCCUUCACAGCAACAGACUCAACAGUUCCAGCAGCAAGUGGCUAACCAGCGGAUGCGGCAGCAGAUGAUGCAGCAGAUGCAGCAACAGCAGCAGCAGCAAGUGGCAGCAUCUGGGCAGCAGCAGGCUCAGCAAGGCCAUACACCAGCACUUGUGGCACAUUUGCAACGGCAAUUAGCACAGGGUGCUACUAAUCAGUAUUCCCAUCAACCCCCACCUUAUUGAACUACGUACAUAACAAAUUUUAUUGUUUUAUAUGCCAUACUACUGGGGAAGUGUAUGAAGAAUGGUGCAGGAAUGAAGGAUCAUUUUACCAUUACGUGUUCAUGACUCUGACGUGAAGUGGGAAUCAAGAAAAUUGUAGAUAAAGAAACUUGUUGAUGGAUUUUAAAUGUUUGCAGGAAUUAUGUCUGUUUAUGUACUGACGUUGUUUACAUUGUGAAGAUCAUGGUAUUUUAUUUUAUUUAUAUUUCUUGACAGUGAACGAUUUACUUCAACAAUAUAAACAGUUAUUGCUUCUGAUUUAUAUUAAGCAAACAGCAUUCUGAUGGCAGGAGGUAACAUCAUGCUUCAUAUUUAACUUUGUUGUAAGAAAAGAUUCACUAGGUCUGUACUUUGGAAAUUUGUCCUCUAUGAAGAAUUUACUUCAUUUUAGAAACGUCAGUACUGUCUUCCAUUAUAGUAUCACUAUUGCAACUUUACACUCAAGUGACACUGUAUUGUAAUUUUAGAACACAGUACUAGAUUCACAUUUGGGUAAACUCAGGUCAUUUUGAGAAAACACAUGUUCUGGUGACAGAAAUAAUUUAGAGGAGCAUAUUUUUGUAUAUAUGAAAAUUUUUCCCUCGCUACCUGAUUUAAGAAGGUAAGGCCUCUUGAAACAUUUAGGGAUGGAGAACUACUACUUGUGUGGAAGAUGUAGUGCCCCAGUUAGGACACUUGGGAAGUGGAACCUGUAGUAAGGAAAUUCUUCCAAUAGUCGCUUAUUGUUAUGAUUGUAAUAUACUUUUCCACUCAGUCUGUAUCAGCAGAUGUUGUUAAGUAUGGACUCAAAACUGAAAUUUUCAGUAAUCAGUGGGUAAAGCAAUGUACAUCAUCCUUUUCUGUGAUAGUGGAAACAGCUAAUACAUAUGAGACCUAACUUUUCAAUCUUGAUUAUCUUAAAACUCAAAAUAAUUGUUAUUAAACUAAGAACAAAGUCGUUACAAUGUGAUAUUU